AUCGCGCCACUGCACUACAGCCUGGGCAACAGAGCGAGACUCCGCCUCAAAAAAAAAAAAAAGCAAAGAAAAAAGGCUCAGGGUAACUUUUUAAACCACUUUUUAAACUUCAAUAAGAGAAGUUCUGUUUUUGUCACUGCACGGAAUGAUUGUACACAGUGUUAGCAGACAGUUCACAUGCGCCGGUCCGACUUGGAAGGAAACGCAGGUUAACACCGUUUUCUGUCCGAGUUCACAGAGGUGUUUGCGGCAGGCUCAGUUGCUUCUGCAGCUGGAACGAGGGGCCUGUCCCGCGUGGCUCCCCUGAGCCGAGAGGCUCCUGAGGGUUUUUUCUCCACUGGGCUCUGGGGACGGGGUUUCUGUGGAAAUGGCAGAUGGUGCACAUGAGCAGAGUCCUGCUAGAUAGGUCAGCUCAGCGUCCAGGAGGGGCUGCCAUCGGCAGAGUGCCUGCGCCUGAGGCGGCCACGGACGUGCCUGGAAAGGUGCUGCCCUAGAAGUCUGCUCUGAUGUGGCCGCGCUUGGGCAUGCGGGCUCCCCAGAGGCCCAUGCGAGAAAGCCGGGGGUUCCCAGGCUGUGGGUGCAGGAUGGGCCAGGCACCACCCUGCAGGGCCCACCCCCCUGCCCCCGCACCCUCACACCCAUCUUCCUCUCUCAGCCUAACCCCAGGGCCUGGGAGUCCCCGGCAGACAGGCCCUCCUUGCCCAGCAGUGGCCGCCCUUUAUGGACUGGGCGCCUGGCAGAGCCGCUGUGGAGGAGGAGUUGGUUUUCAUGGUCGGGAGAGGCAGCCCUUGGGCGGGUGCCGUUGGUGGUCAAGGUUGAACCCAUAUCCGGUGGAAUCUCCUGGUCUGUUCCACACACAAUCGUGCGGGAAGCUCUGGGACCCGAAGGCUGUUCUGAUCUCGGGCACAAGUUCUCACAGCAGCCUGGGGUCACCAGGGACUAGACCCAGCAUUAGGCUUUAGGAGCUGCCUGGCUGCUGGGCUGAGCUUCAUUGCAGGCCCAGGAAGAUAACCAAAAGGGCUGAGCAGAGCCCCGUCAGCCACUCCUUGGGCUGGAAGUGACUUCCUCGGUAUGGAUGGCAGCUGUUAACAAGCAGUGGUGGUUUGGCCGGAGGCCUCUGUGGGGCACAGACACCGUGCACGCUCAGGAGGACAGGCAGGUGGCAUAGGCCUGAGCAGGUGGCGUCGGCACACGAGAAGGGUGUGUCUGAGACAGGAUGUUUAUCCCAAAGGCCAGGAGUGGACGAGGCGGACGAGUGGCUGUGAGGUAGGCGUGUGAGGUUGGCGCGUGAGGUUGGCUGGUCUGCUCCGCCACCCCAGAAACCCAGUGGCCUGGGCCCAACACCCAGACACACGGAGUGAGCUCAUGCCCAGGCCGUGACCUGUCCCCGUCACGGGGCCACUUGCUUCUCCCAGGCUUGGGAACAAGCUGGCACAGAACGCUGUGGCUGCAUUCACCGCUCAGGCACUUCUGCUGGGGGUUCAUGAAGAAACAGACUUAGAAAGCGUUUAUUUGUUCCUGACGGGUGGGCUGAAGUUUGGGAGGAGCAUUCAGCUUCUUUGCAGAGCUCGGCCUCGCCUGUCCUGAGCGCCCUGCGACCCUGUUGCUAGCCUGGGGUGCUGAGGGCCUCGGCUCUGGGGGCGCUGACCGCCCCUCUGCAGCCGGCGCCAGGUGCUGGUCCCCGCCUCUUUUCAUCGGGAGGCGCUGGCCUGCAGGGCCUUCGUGGUUUGCCGGAGACCCUUGUUCCGUCCCUUCCCAGCACCCACCCCCAGCCCGCUGUGCGUUCCAUAGUUCAUUUUCCAGGCAGGGGACGUGUGGUGAAAAUACAGCCUGGCUUUGUUUCUUUUCAGCGAUGGCAGCCGCACUUUUCCUCGCUUGUUUUGAAGGCCAAGCCGGCGGCCUCCUCGGCAGCUGGGGACAGUUGCUUCCUCAGCUUCUGUGUGCCGACUGCCUCACCUGACACACAGCCUGGGCGUGAGAGAAGCCAACCAGGUGCCUGAGCUGACUGACUCCCUCCUCCCUCCAACCUCCAGUCUCCUCUCUUCCUCCAUCCUCCUCCCUCCAGUCUCCUCCAUCUGCCCUCCUCCCUCUGCCUUUUCUGGAAUCGGGGUCCUGGUCCUGGGCUAGAGGCAGACCCUGGCCCGGGAGAGGUUCUCAAGGCACUGUGGGAGGGCAGCGUCAUGAUGUCCUGAAGCUUGCCGCGUCCGGUGCUGUCAGCCGGCUGAAGGGAGAAACUGUCACAGCACCCGCAGCUAUGGAAGGUGACGUCCGAAAAUCUGUUAGGCACCUUGAUGUCAAGUUUCCAAGACCAAAGGCAAGAAUAGUCGGACCAAACUUAGGAAGUCAGAGAAACGGAGCGUGACCUAGAAGAGGCAGAUGGCCCUUCCCCUCCUCUCCUGCUGAUUGUUCUGUCGCACACACGACGUGAAAUCCACACUGCCCUGUGAAGACUGAGGGCAGGUCUUGGAUGUGCCGCCCUCACAUGGCCCAGGAGCGCCAGCAGCUUGGGGGCCACCACAGGCCCCAGGGCCUCUUUACUCCCACGGGUUCAGCGGACAAUAAAACUUCCCAGGGAAGGAGUAAAGGACGAUCAAAAACCUGAACUGAAAAAGUAUGAAAAACAUUUCAUUUCCCUCGGGUUCUCCCCACUAGGUCUGCAGUGCCUUGGGGGUGACUGAUGGCCCUCAGUGAGACCGGGUGGCUGUGUGGUUCUGAAAGUGAAAAGGAGCAAGUGUGGUUAGGGCCAGGGGCGUGGUUAGAGCCUGGAGUGUGGACACCCCGUGGACCGCUGGCCCAUGGCCUGGCUUGGGGCCUCCCAGGGGAGCGAGUUGAGUGCAUGUGGGGAGGGCCUGUCAUUCUACGAUGUGUAUCUUUGUUUUUGAGACGGACUCGCUGUGUCGCCCAGGCUAGAGUGCAGUGGCACGAUCUUGGCUCACUGCAACCUCCGCCUCCCAGGUUCAAGCGAUUCUCCUGCCUCAGCCUCCCAAGUAGCUGGGACUACAGGCACUUGCUACCACGCCUGGCAAAUUUUUGUAUUUGUUUUAGUAGAGAUGGGGUUUCACCAUGUUGGUUAGGCUGGUCUCGAUCUCCUGACCUUGUGAUCCACCCGCCUCGGCCUCCCAAAGUGCUGGGAUUACAGGCGUGAGCCACUGCGCCUGGCCCUGCCCAGCUUUUCUGCAUCACCACCGUCGUGUCAGUUAGCUCAGCUCAGGCAUUGCACACCUAAUCUGUAUCUUUGGGAAUCCUGUGAGCUAAUGGUUCUAGAUCCAAAAGAAUGGAUAAAGAGAAUGUUUCAAGUUCCCGAAAUUAUCCAGGCACAUCCUGUGCACUACUGAACUUCAGAAAGCACCAGUCCAUCCAGUGUGCAGAGUCUGGUAAAUGGGCCAGCCGUGGGCACACACAGGCUCCCCAGAGACCCCGGGGCAGAGGGUCUUCCAGCUCUUCCAGGACAGGGCUAAUCCGUUCCUGGGCCAGGGGUGGAUCUGUUUUGCAGGUUUGCAAGGGUGGGGAGACGCCAGCCUGGCCCAUGGGCUGUCCAUGCCAACCCCCCACAGACCAUGCUGCCAUCCGGAGGGGAUGCCACUUUCUCCUGGCCUCUGGGAUGCACAGGUAAAGCAUGGAAGCAGCUGUUGGGGAGGAAAAUGGCUCUCACCAGGCUGCUCUCGGGCUAAUGAAAACUCAUCCAGUUCUCCAUGCAGCAGCAGCCAGCCUGGCACACGCUGCCCUGCCCUGCCCUGCCCUGCCCGACUGUGGAGGUGAGCGGGUCCCCCCGGGCCUGGGUGGAAGGACUGCGCGCCUGUCAGGGAAGGCCGAGGCUCUGGACAGGUGGGAAGCAGCCUUCUCCUUAAUCACCCCAUGUGGAAACCAAUGAAAGGUUUGAGUCUCUCAGACCCGGGGUAUUUUAGCCUUGGUUGAAUCCUCCUGGAAUUCACAGGGAAGUGGCUUUGCCCUCUGCCCUUGCUGCUGGAAGGCAAGGGGCCAGCCUUGGCUUGGUUUUCUAGGUUGUGUUACGGCAGCAGCUGACGGGCCCUAGGCCUGGAUCUGCACGGCUUUGCUCAGGGACACCUGCCUCCGUUCUUGUCUGAUGGUGUGAACGUGUCUCCUGCUCACAGCAACCACUUGAUAUCAAAAAACGGAAAAGAUGUACAAAAAGAUGUCACAUCCCUUUAGAAAGCGACAUCAUCAGAAACGUAUGUGACCUUCAGUCCUCCCUCUCCUGUACCUCCCCCAGACCAGGCUGCGAGAAGGAACGGGGAGUGAACAUAUAACAACGGAAAACAAUAAAACUGAAUUUAACUGGAA